CACGAGGCUAUUUGCCCCUUCCCUCAGGUUCUGGUUGUUGUGUGUAUUAUUUGAGGUUUGGAAUACAGCUGAAACAUUAACGUUUUGACGAGAACAAGUUAUUCUGACAACUGCAUUUUCUUUUAAAUGCGAAGGAACCAUGAGCUCCUAUUUUGUUAAUCCCCUUUUUUCCAAGUACAAAGGCGGCGAAACAUUGGAACCAACUUACUACGACUGCAGGUUUCCUCAGAGCGUCACCCGGAGCCACGCGCUGAUGUACGGACCCGGAGCGGCUGCGCCGGGGUUUCAGCACCCUUCCCACCACGUCCAAGAUUUUUUUCAUCACGGGACGUCGGGAAUAUCUAACCCGGGAUACCAACAAAACCCCUGUGCUUUGGCUUGCCAUGGAGAUGCCACUAAAUUUUAUGGAUACGAAGCCCUUCCGAGGCAAUCGCUUUAUGGUACCCAGCAAGAGGCAAGCGUAGCGCAGUACCCAGACUGUAAAUCCUCCAAUGGCACUAACCUCGGCGAAGGACAAGGCCAUCUAAAUCAAAACCCGUCUCCCAGUCUCAUGUUUCCUUGGAUGAGACCCCACGCACCAGGAAGGCGCAGCGGACGGCAGACAUACAGUCGUUAUCAAACGCUAGAACUGGAGAAGGAGUUUCUAUUCAACCCUUACCUUACGCGCAAACGACGAAUCGAAGUGUCUCACGCGCUCGGCCUGACAGAGAGGCAGGUCAAGAUCUGGUUUCAGAACAGACGAAUGAAGUGGAAAAAAGAGAACAACAAAGACAAAUUCCCGGGUCAGAGAGGAGAAGCCGAAGCCGAGGCCGAGGAGGAAUGCAACGAGGACGGCGAGAGAGAAGAAGGGGACAAGAAGGAAACGGAACAGAAAGAUGAGACUAAAGAGUGAUUAUGUGGCUGGUUUGUUUUA